AUGAAGGCUUCGUACAUUUUCGCGGCGGUACUCCCUGCCCUUUCGGUGGUGACCUCGGCGCCAACCGAUAACGUUGAGCCUAGGGUGCCAAUCACGCGUUUCGACAUGGAGUGUCGAACCGAGGCCGCGGAUCGGGAGUGUCACAAUGGAAAGGCUCGGUGUGGUCGUUCUGGAGGCAUUGUAACUGACCUGGAUCUCUGCCGAAGGGACUGCGCCUGCGUUCUUGUUGUGCCGUGUGGUAACAUUUGCAAGGCAGAGGUGGAAAAUGGCAAAGGCGAGGAGGCCGCUGAAUGA